AGCCCCAGCUCUAAACCGAGCGGCUCCUCCUGCGCACCAUGGCACUGGAGUAGUGCGGGGAGCGCACCCGGAGCCUCGCGGCCCGCUGCGCCCCGCCCGGGACCCCGCUGCGCCGCCCGCGGCCCCCCCCCAGCCCGUGGGGCCGCCCCUGCACCCCCGCCCCCUCCCCCGCCCGCCGCCGCCGCCACCACCGCUGCCGCCGCCGUCUCCUCCCGAGGCUCCGUCUGCCGCCUCCGCCGCAGCCCGGCUCCGAGGCUGACAAGCAGGUGACAGAGGAGCCGGCGCGCGUGGCUGCGAGUACCCAGGAGAGCGCGGCGCGGACUGCAGCCGCCCCGGCCCGCCCGCACGACGCCGGGGCCCGGGGCCAGCGCGUCGCCGCUGCACGCUCGCCGGGGGAAACCCGCGGCCCCAGCCGCAGCCCCAAUCCCGCCGGGGCCGCGCCUCCCUGGCUCCGGGGCCACGGCGGCGGCGGCGGCGGCGGCGAGCGGGCAGGCGGGCGGGCGGGCGAGCACCCUGGCCGGCGGGGCCCGCAGCGCGCCCCGCGUCCCAUGGAUAUAGCAACAGGUCCCGAGUCGCUGGAGCGGUGCUUCCCCCGCGGGCAGACGGACUGCGCCAAGAUGUUGGACGGCAUCAAGAUGGAGGAGCACGCUCUGCGCCCCGGGCCCGCCACUCUGGGGGUGCUACUGGGCUCCGACUGCCCGCAUCCCGCCGUCUGCGAGGGCUGCCAGCGGCCCAUCUCCGACCGCUUCCUGAUGCGAGUCAACGAGUCGUCCUGGCACGAGGAGUGUUUGCAGUGCGCGGCGUGUCAGCAAGCCCUCACCACCAGCUGCUACUUCCGGGAUCGGAAACUGUACUGCAAACAAGACUACCAACAGCUCUUCGCGGCCAAGUGCAGCGGCUGCAUGGAGAAGAUCGCCCCCACCGAGUUUGUGAUGCGGGCGCUGGAAUGCGUGUACCACCUGGGCUGCUUCUGCUGCUGCGUGUGUGAGCGGCAGCUGCGCAAGGGCGACGAGUUUGUGCUCAAGGAGGGCCAGCUGCUGUGCAAGGGCGACUACGAGAAGGAGAAGGACCUGCUCAGCUCCGUGAGCCCCGACGAGUCUGACUCUGUAAAGAGUGAGGAUGACGACGGGGACAUGAAGCCGGCCAAGGGGCAGGGCAGCCAGAGCAAGGGCAGUGGGGAUGACGGCAAGGACCCACGGAGGCCCAAGAGACCCCGGACCAUCCUCACCACGCAGCAGCGACGAGCUUUCAAGGCCUCCUUUGAGGUCUCCUCCAAGCCCUGCCGAAAGGUCCGAGAGACGCUGGCAGCAGAGACGGGCCUCAGCGUGCGUGUGGUCCAGGUCUGGUUUCAGAACCAAAGAGCAAAGAUGAAGAAGUUGGCGCGGCGGCACCAGCAACAGCAGGAGCAGCAGAACUCCCAGCGGCUGGGCCAAGAGGUCCUGUCAAGUCGCAUGGAGGGCAUGAUGGCCUCCUACACGCCGCUGGCCCCACCACAGCAGCAGAUCGUGGCCAUGGAGCAGAGCCCCUACGGCAGCAGCGACCCCUUCCAGCAGGGCCUCACGCCACCCCAAAUGCCAGGUGACCACAUGAACCCCUAUGGGAACGACUCCAUCUUCCACGACAUCGACAGUGAUACCUCCUUAACCAGCCUCAGUGACUGCUUCCUCGGCUCCUCCGAUGUGGGCUCCCUGCAGGCCCGCGUGGGGAACCCCAUUGACCGGCUCUACUCCAUGCAGAGUUCCUACUUCGCCUCCUGAGAGCCAGCUGGGCCGUACGGACGCUUGGGCAAGGGUCCUGGGGUAGGACUGAGGGCCACGGUGGCCAGCCUCGCCACCUCCAGCCCUGCCGCCCGCACAGACUCUACAGCCAUACGGUGCCCUCCCCUUGGCCAGCCAGGCCUGGCUAAAGUGCCCACUGGGCACAGCCAGACAGGCAGACAGGCACAGCCUGGGCAGGGGGCUGUGUUCUGCCCUCAGAGACCGUGUCACCCCAGGGACCCAGAGCUCUUGGACAGUCACUCGCCUCCCAGCCCCACCUCGGCCCCCAUCACCUCUUUCUCCCUCCUCAUCUCCUUUUUGGGAAGCUGAAAUUCUCUCUAUUUUUUUAAACGUCCUCUCUAUGUCCAGCCGACCUCCAUGGCCCAGGCCUUGGCCCAGGCAGGCCCCUGUGCAUGCCCAGGACGAUGUACGCCGUGCCUGUAACCUGUGAGGAGCGUGUGUACCUGUUCCCUGUGCUGGCAGCCACCUCCCCCACCUCUGCAGGCAGGUGCACUGGCCUAGGAUUACCCCACCCAGCCAGAGCCUGGCGCAGACAUGGGGAAGAGCCUACCAGGUGCGCCAGGCCCACACGGCUCUGCCCCGAGGGGCAGUCAUGGGGGAGGGUAGACGGAGCCCAGGCAGACCCAGGGGGACAGAGGCACACACACUCAAUGGCACACUCAUGCAGAUAUGCACACAGUGACGUAGAGACACUGAAAGAGACAGAGGCUUCUGCGGGGCAACCCUGCCGUGUCAGGAAGGGAGAGAGGCCAGGUAGAGGAAGGACGCCCUCUUCUUUAUAGCAAUAGGAGAGGAAGAGGAAGGGGACAGGAGGGGUAAGCAUGAAGCAGGUGGGCUCGGCCCAGAUGGGGGCUCCCUGGACAGGCAGGACAGUCCCUGACCCAGCCAGCACCAAGGGCAGAGAUAGAGCCUCCAGAACCAGGCAGAGUUGGACAAAAUGCCAUAAACUCCAGGUGGAAAAGGACCUCACAAGUCACCCACUUGAUACUCCAUCUUAUGUUUGGCUCCUGCCCAAGCCCCCUCGGCCUCACUUUUUGCAUACCUCCUGUGACAAGGAGCCCACUACUUCAUCAGGUCCUGCUGAUUUUACCUCUAUCAUUUUCAGCCCUGGGUCCUUACUUUUCAAAGCCAGGCUUUUCCAGUUUCUCCAGUUCUUCCUCUUAAAACUGUACCCCAAUCUUGGCUCCAGUUGUCCUUCUAAAGGUGUGGAACACACAGAACCCAGUCAUCCCACUGACAUCAGCCAGCCAAAGCGAGCAGGCCCAUCACCUCCCUCACUUUAGGUGCCCUGCCUCUGUUAUUGUGGCCUGAGAGCCAAUGAAUGGUUUAGGCCACAUAACCUUGGAAACUCAUCCGGCCCUUGUGUAACUGAAUCUCCUGAACACACACGUGUGACAGCUAAGCCACAUCUCUGUGUGUGUGUGUGUGUUGGCUCUGUGCCUCUCACUUAAAGCAUGUGGACCCUCGGGGCCUCUCCCUGAUUGGCGCUGGCCCAUGAAGCAGCCCUCCUUGGAUGAUACUCCAACUGCACUUCCAGCCCAGUUUUGUGCCCUGCUGGAAGCCAGAUACACUAUAUCAACCCCCGCCCCCAACCUGCUCAACUCUGACCCUGCCAAAGAGAAAGUGUGGUCAGGCUGAUGGGCCUUGCUUGCAGUAACCCCUCGCUGGGUUCUGGAGGUCACUGUUCUCGGCCAGGUGCUCACUGCCCUGCCUUGAAUUCUAACUUGCAGCCCUGAGGUCUGCCCAUCUGCCUUUGGGCAAAUGGGACGACGGCUGCCCCUCCGCCCUUGGCCCCUCUGCCUGGCCCUCACUGGGAUCCUCCAAGUUCAGCCACCUGCUCUGUGGUUUGGCUCCCAUGUCUGCUGGGGAGACUUCAGUCCCUCCAGAGGGAUCUGGCCCGUCUCUCCACCCCUCCUGGCUCCUGUGGUCGAAUGUCACCGUGCUCUUCACCAGGGCACUUGUCAGAGGGGGGAUGUGGCUCGGUGUCAGCUCUCAGGCUGAGCAGCCAGCCUGGCCCUUCUGGGUUCUUCUUGUUCCGCACAGAACUUCCACAAGGAUCUCAGCUGAUGUCCUCGGUCAUUCGGCAGCCUUAGCCCUUCUGUGCCAUCUCUCUUGAUCCUGGGCCACCCAAGUCCCUUAGGCAGUCAUGCUGGUUUCUUGAGAGGUGCUCCCCUUUCUCUUUUCAUGCUCACAAAGUCUGAAUCAUGGUGGGGCACUUGGGGUAGGGGCAGGGUAGAUGCCCCAGUCCCCAGGAGACCAGGCCUUCUCUCCCAGACUCUUUAAGUUGGAAGGAACAUCAAGAACGGGACACCUGUUCCACGCCCCUCAUUUUGCAGCUGGAAAAUCUGGGCCAGGAGCAGGGAAGGGACCAGCCGUCACAGCCAGUCAGUGACAGAGCUGGAGCGAAGAUCAGGGACUGACUCCAUGCCAGCCCCUCAUCCUCCCUGGUGAACAACCUCCAGGUCAGAGGCUUAAUUUGUCUCAGUCACUCUUGCCACUCCAGGGUCUCACAAACCCAGAGUCCAGCCCGGGCUCUGCCCUCGCCACCGCAUUGCCCCCUGCCAGGAGCUGGUACAGGGACGCCCACACUCAUCACCUACAGAUUGUCGAAGUCAGAAGGGACCUCCGAGAGCUUGUCAUGCUCGAGUCACCCCCUCAGCUGUGGCUAGGUAACCCCUUCAGUGAGUCUGCUGAGGCCUGCAGCCCCCAGCCUCCCCCAGGCUCUCCCAGACUGAUGUUCACUCUUUCCAGCCCUGGACUGGACAUCGGACACGGAUGGACAAGGGGCCUGCCCUUGAGUGGCUCUCUUCUAGAAGGAGAGAAAUACACACUCUGUCCCAGACCUCAUGGAGCACCCAGUUCUCAGAGGAGAAACCCGACGCCCAGAGAAGGGAGACAAGUGUUCAGGGUCACCUGCAGCAGCACAAGGCUAGCAAGCUCGCUGGGGUGGGCCGAGAGGAGCAGCCUCUUCCCAUGUGAUGGGAGGAAGUGCAGCCUUGACUUGGGGGGCAGUGAGUAGCCAGGACCCUCCUUCUGGGGUGGAAAGCACGAGGGUAAAGAGAAGUAAGGGUCUGGUCUCUGGAGAAAGAGGCAGAAAGUGAGUGGCGGGCAGGGGAAGUUAGAGGCUCAGAAGGAGAAAGGGAUCUGCCCCAGGUAACAGCGAAUGAGAGGGGACGGAGGAGGGAUGAGAAGGUAGGCUGGCGCCCCCAGCCAGAGUGUCAUCUGCCUUGCCUACUCCAUGGACAGAGGGACACGGUGGUUCUAAGGGUCAGGCCACGGGUCCAGCAGAGCCUGUAAGAGAAGGGGUCAGUGCAAGUGGGCUGGAAAUCUUGGGAGGCUUCCUGGAGGAGGCGGAGGUGAAGGGGUCCAUCAUGUCCAGAGGAGUGGGGUCCAGUAGGAUCAGGCCUCCAGCCCAGGGUUGGGGCAGCCUCUUCUCCUUUAGAGGGCUCAGCUUCCUCGCCCACCCACCUGGAGCUGGUGCCCGUCUUACUUCACACACACAGAUCCUCGGGGGAGGGAGAACUGGCCUAGCCCUGCCUGGCCCCAGCCUGAGCUCUGGGUACCACCUGGGGUGAGGAUCUCACCUGCCGUCUGGGGGAACCCACAGCUCUGGGGCUCAGUCCACCCUGUGGGGAAGGGGGUUCACGCUGACACACACGCACAUGGAGACACACACUCACCGCCGGUCGCACACGGAGGCUCACAGACCCACACUCCCAGGCACACACGGCCUGGGGGGCUGGGGAGCAAGAAAGUUCCUCCAGUCUUUGGCUCCAAUGAGCCUCUUUGCUGGUGUCCCCCUCCCCCCACUGGGGUUCCCCGGGGAACCCAGCCCAGUUGGGUGUGGGGACCGGGCCACUGGCCAUUCCUCUGUUUUCCUUGUACAGACUCACUGCCUACCCGCCAUCCCCAGACACAUUUUAUUUAAUAACUUGUCAUUGUUAAAUUAUUUAUUAGCGUUUACCACAUCACCACCCCGACCCUGCCCUCCACUCUCACCUUUCGCCUCUUCCCACAAAAGCAGAAAAUGGAAACCACAAAAAUUGAGACAUCAGUAUAUUUGUAAAUAAA